GAGUGAGGUAGUGUGCAGUGCUCUCAUUGGUUUUUUUAUUGCAAGGAAAAUGACCAAGCGACUGGAGCAGCACUUCUGCAUCAAAGUUUGCCGGAAAUUGGGCGACAGCCAAGUGGAAACCAUUCGGAAGAUUCAGACGGCUUUCGGUGAUGAUGCUAUGAGCAGCACACAGAUUAAGGAGUGGUACAACCGGUUUAAAGACGGCCGCACAUCGGUGUAGAGUUAGCCACGCUCCGGUUGGCCAUCAACAUGCCGAAAUGACCAGGUCACUGCCGAAGUGAACGCUGUGGUGAUGUGGGACCGUCUUGUGACUAUCCGAGAAAUUGUAGAAAAGGUGGGCAACAGCACUUUUUCUGCACAUUCCAUUAUGACCGAAGAUUUGGCCGUGAAGAGAGUUGCGGUGAAAUUCGUGCCGAAGCUGCUCAUGAUGGAGCAAAAGCAGCUUCGUGUUGAAGUCUCACAGGACAUGCUGGAUUCCACAAACAGUGACCCCGACUUCAUGAACACCAUAAUCACUGGUGACGAGUCUUGGGUGUACGGGUACGACCCGGAAACCAAAUCCCAGUCGUCAUAGUGGAAGCAUUCCACGUCACCAAG